AUGCGGGAAGAGAAUGGUGUACAGUACCGAGAGCGUGUAUGCUUAAACUCUACAGGGUGUCCUGGAGAACCCCUGAACUACAGGGUUUGCAGUAUUCACCCCUGCCCGGAUUCAGCACUAUCCUGGAGAGAUGAACAGUGCUCCAGGUUUAACUCUAUGGCGUGGCAGGGUGAGUACCUGGUGUGGGCGGGGGAGGAGGGGGCAGAGUCCCCCUGUAGGCUGGACUGCAGGAGCCAAGACGAGAGGCGUGUCCUAGCCACCCUGAAGGACAAGGUUGAGGACGGAACCAGGUGCCAGGGAACAGGAGGACUAGCUGUCUGUAUAGCAGGACACUGCCAGGUGUGGAGUAUGUGGUGGGGACGAAAACUGCUCCGGGUCUCGGUAUAUCUGGGAGAUGGUUCCCUUGUCCCGCUUAUAUCUGUAUCUAUGCCUAGGUGUGGAGUAUGUGGUGGGGACGGAAACUGCUCCGGGUCUCGGUAUACCUGGGAGAAGGUUCCCUUGUCCCGCUGCUCAGCCUCCUGUGGGACUGGGACAAGGAUGGUGAGGAUGGUCUGCAAGGACGUCCUCCAAGGACUUGUUGUGGAGGAUGGGCUGUGUCUAGAGGACACAAGGCCGGAUAUACAGAUUGAUUCCUGUAAUACCAAUCCUUGUCCACCAAGGUUAGUUGAUGAAUCUGAAUGUCCUGGUGAGAAACCAAGUGUAGAGGAACCCUGUGCCGGAUAUCAGUGUCCUAUCUGGUACACAGGACAGUGGUCCUCGUGCAGUGUAUCCUGUGGGUUGGGAACCCAGGAGAGGAAGGUUGAAUGUAAGAACUCAAGUGGAGAAUACAGCUCAUCUUGUCUUGGAACCAAACCUUCUCAAGUUCAGCAGUGCAGAGCACCUUGCAGUCAACCUUCUCCACCCAACCAGUUCAAUAGUACAGGUUGGACAAAAGUAGAAGCUGAGAAAACUCCUAAGUUUGAAACUAAAACCUUGAUAUCUGAUGAUGAUCUGCUGGAUGAGGAUGAAGAGGAUGAGUAUGAUGAUGAGGAUGAUGAUCCUGCUCCGGAGACCUGGAAACCUGCUCCGUCGGGGUCAGCUAACUCAGGACUCCUGAAGAACCAACCCAGCGUAUCCCCAGCAGUUAGAAGAUAUUUUGUCUCAGGCUGGGUUCAUGUGAGGUCUAGGUGGAGAAAUGUAGAGUGUAAGAUUCUUCUUGAGUUCUCUGGUACUAUAGCUACUCUACCAGAUAAAGAAUGUCCAGGUUUAAAACCUGCUGAGACAGAGAUGUGUGUUGAGGUUCGAAGUUGCUCCGGGUCUAUAGAUAACCAGGAGGUGAAGGCAGAGCUACUACCCCUGGAGUUCCCCCAUACACUCCACCUGGUUCAACACGAACAACCAUAUACUGGACCACAGUACAUUUGGAAGAUAUCCGGGUACACAGAGUGUACUGCUUCAUGUCUCGGAGGAUUACAGGAGAGUAUAGUGAUCUGUGUGGAUGGAGAGAAAGAGACUCCAGUUGCUCCAUUCUUCUGUGAUGCUAGCUCCAGGCUCGAUAUAGAAGUCAGGGCUUGUAAUGAGAAACCUUGCCCACCCAGGUGGAAUGUUUCUGAUUUCUCUGAGUGUAGUCAGAUCUGUGGUGGGGGGAACCAGAACCGUACAGUAGACUGUAUACAGGAGGUUGCCCACGGGAAGAAGAAUAUAAUAAAACUACCUGACACUGAAUGCCCCCAACCCCCUCCAAGGGCUCAGCAAUUCUGUAAUGUUGUGGACUGCUCGGUCCAAUGGAGUGCAGGCCCAUGGACUAAGUGUUCGAAGCGGUGUGGUGACGGUCGACGGUAUCGAAAGGUCCGAUGUCGACAACUUCUUUCUCUGGGUCAGACAAUCGAUAAACCUGAGCGUGAGUGCACCGGUCUCAAACCGAGUGGUGAGGAGCGCUGUAAUGGAACUGAGUGUGACAAGAUUAAUCUAGCGCCUAGGAUUAAAAUUGUAAAAGGUCAGAACUAUGACCAGCCUACAGCUGGGGUGCGUGAGGUCAAACUGAAGGUUGGAGGUCAAGCAACUGUAUUCAGAGGAACUACACUGAAGAUCCGGUGCCCUGUCAAACAUUUUGACAAAUCCGACAUAGCCUGGACACGUGGUGACAUCUUUUUGUCCGGAAACCGGAAACAGCGGCACCGGAAGUUCAUGGUAACGAGGAAAGGAGUUCUGAGGAUAAAGGAUAUAGAUGAGGCUGAGAGUGGUCUCUAUACUUGUAUUGCCUCAAAAUCACGAGCAAGCAUCCAGAUUAUUGUGAAACAAAUUGAAACCCGACCCACGCACUACCAAACCACGGAGGAAACCCGACCCACGGAAAACCGACCGGACGAUCUUAAAAACUCGGAGUCUUGGAUAAACCCUGAAAAAACCGGAAAAGGAGGAAUUUAUCCCGGUGUUGGGGAAAAUGAUGUUUUAGAAAUUCCCCUGCUCAAAGACAAGGAUAACAAAAGCCUCAAAAACUCAGAGGAAAAUAGGGGUAAGUGGAACAUGUACAAGGAGGAGGAGGAGUACGUGUACUGGGAUAGUAUCGGAGAACUAGAGAACCAGAAGAACCCGGAGAAAAAACAACAGGAGAGAAUAUCAGGAGGAGCUAGAACUAAUCAAAUAUCAUUUUGCUUAGUUUUAGUCUCUCUCCUUGUUCAGGUUUUGAACAAGAGGCGUCAUCAGUCCAAACACAAGGGUAGAAAACAGAAGAAAAUAUCAGGUUCAAGUUCUCCUCUAUCCUGGAGACCUGGAGACUGGAGUCCCUGCUCAGGGUCCUGUAAAGGACACCAGAGUCGAACCGUCUCCUGUUUCAUGACGUUCACGGAGCGGGAUAAGUCCCAGGAGUACCCGGAGAGCUUCUGUGAGUCCGCGGGACUGAUUAAACCUAAGACUAUUCGAAGAUGUGGUGGGGACUGCCCGAGGUGGAUAAACAGUCCUUGGAGUCCAUGCAAUAUUGCAGACUGUCUUUCUGCAAGGACAGGAUUGAUGACUCGAUCUGUUGACUGUGUCCAAGAUGGCCGCCGGGUAGAUGAAGAAUUAUGUUCUCCGUGCUCUAAGACCUGCGGUCGAAGCGAUCGCAGACGAUCUGUUUCCUGUGAAUGGUUACGAGGCGGCCACGCUCCAAGCCACGAGUGCGAGGAAAACCGGCCUACCAGCCUCAUGGCUUGCGAGGCUCCUCCUUGUGAAUCCUGGGAUCCUCUACCUGUAAUCCAGGUUGCAGGACGUGACGGACGUGAGACAGGAUCCCCGUGUCAGGACACUAGCAAGUUCUGUCCUGUUAUAAAAUCGUAUAAUAUGUGCAACUCUUCAAAAUAUUCUGAACAAUGCUGUAAAACGUGUUCUAGGUAGCUGAAAAAUCAAAGAUACUCUAUUUCUCUUGAAAAUUGUUAAAACCAGUGAGUGUAAUAUUUGGACCAGGCAUAGCUGUUCAAGACUAAAAUCAUUAAAAUCUGGAGAUCUGUGACAAAGAACAUGUUCCUACGACAUUUAUUCUGGUUUUUAAUAUUUAUCUUGUGGCCCACCUCCCUCUUCUCCUUUUAGGGGGCCCAUAGUAAAGAAAAAUUUAAUUAAGUCAUUUCAAAUCUUCUCGGACAGCUAUUAAAGUUGUAUACUUUAAAUAUUAUCUAAUUUAUGUC